AUGUCGAAGCAAGGUCAUGGAGGGUCGGCUGGAAACAAGUUCAGAAUGUCGCUAGGUUGGCUAGUCGCAGCGACUGUGAACUGUGUGGACAAAAUUGGCGCUAAGAAUGUCUACAUUAUUUCGGUGAAGGGGAUCAAGUGUCGAUUGAAUCGGUUGCCUUCGGCAUGUGUUGGGGACAUGGUGAUGGCUAUUGUGAAGAAAGGGAAGCCUGAUCUCUGCAAGAAGGUCAUGCCCGUAGUCAUUGUUUUCCAGCGCAAGCCAUGGCGCCGGAAGGAUGGCGUCUACAUGUACUUUGAAGAUAAUGCAGGUGUUAUCAUGAAUCCUAAAGGUGAAAUGAAAGGUUCUGCUAUAACUGGUCCAAUUGGUAAGGAGUGUGCUGAUUUAUGGCCAAGGAUUACUAGUGCCGCCAAUGCAAUUGUCUAAGGGUAGUAGGUACGGUAUGCACAUAUAAAUUAUAGGUCACCAUUGAUGAGAAUUUCAGGGUAACAUGUUCAGACAUUUGGAUAUGGCAGGCUUCAGCUUCUGUCUGAGUGUGUUGGUCUUGAUUUUAUUUUCUUUGAUCAUUGCUACGAUUAGACUUUUG